CUGUCAGUAGCUAAUCCACGUCCCGGACAUGAACCCGGCUUUCUCUAAACCCUAAUACCCGAGUUGGAUAGAGCCCCUUCCACGCAGAAAUCAGCUAUUCUUUGCAACGGGAGGAAUUUCCGACGGAAAAUCGCAACCAUAUUUCUAAAACCUUUCCAAAUUCGCUGAAUUCCAUAACCUUAUCGAAGUUUUUUAGGUUAUUUCAAGACCGGCUGGUCGAUCUGCAAUCCAAGCACUUCUCGAUCUUUCGAAACUACUCCAAAAUUGCCCAGAUUGAAUUUCUCAAAUAGAUUUGAAAAGAAGAAAGAAGGAAAAAAGAUGAUUAGUUAUCCAGUUCAUCGUUAGGAUCUGAAAAUUGAACAUUCUAUGGUAGUAGGUUCAUGCUUAUUGAGGCGUAUAACUUCUUCUUCUUUAAUCGGAAACUUUUAUGUGAGGAAGCAGUUAUCGACUCUAAGUAAUGAGGAGAUUGUUUUCAGUGCAAUAUGUGUGAAUCUGAGGCAGAGGAGAUGGGGAUUCUUAGGGCAGAUUUCUUCAAUGUUGACAAAUUCACUAGUGGAUCGGGUGAUUCAGCAGUUUCAAAGGUCUCCGCGGUUAGCAUUGGAUUUUUUCAAUUGGGCUGGGCAGCAAAAGGGUUUUUCACAUAGCUUAGAGUCUUAUUGUACCGUAGUUCAUGUGAUGGUUAUUUCAAGGAGGUUUGAGGAUGCGCUGUCUCUCAUGAGAUAUUUAAUGCAGGAAAAGGGUGUUUCUGCCGUGCCUAUAUUGGAAACGUUGAUCGAUACUUAUGAUAUCUGCGCCUCAAGUCCAGCUGUCUUUGAUGCAUUGGUUAGAGCUUGUACUCAAGUCGGGGCUAGUGAGGAUGUUUAUGUGGUAAUCGAGAAGCUCAGGAUGGAAGGCUAUGGGAUCUCAAUUCAUGCUUGGAAUAACUUCUUGAAUCAUCUUUUGAAGCUGAAUGAUACUGGGAGGUUUUGGAAGAUGUACAGGGAAAUGUUCUUGAGAGGGUAUGUAGAAAAUAUGAAUACGUUCAAUUUAGUUAUUUAUGCUCUUUGCAAGGAAUGCAAAAUUUUGGAAGCUAUUUCAGUGUUUUAUCGGAUGUUGAAGAGAGGAAUCAUGCCCAACAUUGUUACUUUCAACCUCCUUAUUGAUGGAUGUUGCAAGAUUGGUGAUGUUGAUCUUGCUUUUGAUCUGCUGAAGACGAUGGAGGUCAUGUCAGGGAAUCAUGUAAAGCCCAAUUGCAUUACUUAUAACUGCCUCAUUAAUGGAUUCUGCAAAGCUGGAAAGGUGGCAGUUGCUGAAGAAAUUUUGGAAGACAUGCACAAAGUUGGGAUUGAGCCAAACGUACGGACAUAUGCGACUAUGAUCAAUGGGUACGCGAGUGAUGGGAGGAUCGAAGAUGCUUUUCGGUUGUGCGAUGAAAUGGUGCAGAAAGGUCUAAUGCCAAAUGCUGUUGUAUAUAACUCCGUAAUCAAUUGGCUGUUCAAGCAAGGAGAUUUAGAAGAAGUGUGUUUUCUAUUAUCAGAUAUGAUAGAAAAGCAUAUUCAUCCCGACCAAAUCACGUACUCUAUUCUUACAUGCAGUUGCUGCAAAAAUGGACAUCUGAAAGAAGCUAUGAAAUAUUUUAACAUGAUUAUAGAAGACAAGGACCUUGUUAAAGACGUUGUUCCAUACAAUAUUCUCAUUAAUUAUCUAUGCAAGAACAAGAAUAUUGAAGGAGCGAAGCAACUCUUGAGCAGUAUGUUUACCCGAGGGCUGAUCCCUGACCUGGUUACAUACAGCACUUUGAUUGAUGGGUACUGUAAGGAGGGGAAAAUAGCUGAUGCACUUGAAAUUUAUGAUGGAAUGGUGAAGGCUAGGCAAAGGCCAAAUUUGGUAACAUACAAUUCUAUCAUUAAUGGUCUUUGCAGGGAGUCAUCUGUGGACACUGCAAGGGUUGUGGUGAAUGAGAUGAGGAGCAGUUUACUAAUAGAUGUUAUAACCUUCAACACUUUGCUAAAUGGUUAUUUCAGCAUUCAAAAGAUUGGGGAUGCAUUUGCUUUUUGUCAUGAGAUGAGACAGUUUGAGACAUUAGCAAAUGAAGUAACUUACAAUAUUUUGAUUAAAUUUUUGUGCAAGUUUGGGUGUAUUCAACAGGCAAAAGAGCUCAUGAAGGUGAUGUUGGAUAGGGGCCUUGUUCCAGAUUGUAUUACUUAUACAAUUCUUAUUACUGAGUUCAAAAAGAAUUGCAAUGCACAUGAAGUAGUUGAGUUACACGAUUAUAUGGUACUUAGAGGAGUAAUUCCUGAUGAAUAUACAUAUAAUGCCAUUCUCUGCCCUCUUGUGAAAAAUUCAAAUAUGAAAAGUUGCACUGAGAUUUAACAUACUUGGGCAUGCAUGUUUUUGGAGCAGUGGUGUUAGCGAGCUGAAUGUGCAAUGUUGUCCAUUAAAAUAGUGACUUGGAGAUGGUUGGAACAUUCUGCUGAUGCAGCAGAUGAUCUUCUUCUUCAAUGUUCAUAUGGAUGGCCAUCUAUAAUAUUGCCAAAAUGGAAGACUCUUUCUGUUACCAAUGACUAGGCAUCUUGGUUGAUUACCACACCCUCACAGGCCCAUCUGAAAAAUUUGAAAAUGG